CUACGCCUCGUUGGAAGCGCUGCAUGCGGCACCAAAUUUCCCUUCUAUUAUUUCUCCUCCCACUCCUCCAUCCCACUCUCGCCGCCAUCAAAAUAGCUUCAGCACUCAACGUAAUUGAAUACACACCCGAGAAGAUCGCGAAAGAAGACUUCUUCAACGGCACCGUCAGCAUUGUCAACGGCGGCGUUCCAACCCUCUUCUCCGACACUAGCGUCGACAUCGCCUCGAACGCUGAAACACAGGCGCUCCGAAACUAUGCAACACACAAGAACCUGCGGAUCAUCUAUACGGAAGCUGAAGUCGCAUACCGCAUCGUCGGCAACAAGAAGUCCGGCAUCACCACCGCGAAGGAUCUCAAAGGCAAGAGAAUCGGUGUCGUAAGCGGCACCAGCGCGGGCUACUUCGUGCAGAAAUACAUGGCGAGCGUGGGCGUCAAAGACAGUGAAUAUACCACCGUCUCCGGCAGCGUGUGUCUAGCGGAGCCCUGCGGCAGCGGCACUUUCCCUGCCAUGCUCAAGAGUGGCCAGGUCGAUGCCGUCGGGAUGUGGGAACCUACCGUCGAGCUCGCAGCGCGGGAGAUUGGGCUUGACAAUGCGGUUUUCUUCCAAGAUGCGAAAGUCUACCGUGAAAUCUUCAACUUGCACACAACAUCCGACAAACUUGCGAAUGCGACUAAGCGCAAGGAAAUCGUAGACUUCAUCCGCGCUUUAGAAAAGGCCAUGGCGCUGUUUCGAGACCAACCGGAUAAAGUUUAUAAGCGGGCGGCGGACGCUGUUAGUAUGAAGGAGGAUAUUCUCAAGGCCGUCUGGCCGGUGCAUACGUGGUCAGGUACGCUCCCGGAAGAUUUGUUGAGUGUGUUAGUAAGAGAGGAUUCAUAUGUGGCUGAUGUGGAUCGGAGGAGCGCGAUGAGCGAGAGUAUGUUGAAGGAUUUGAUAGAUGAUAGUGUAUUGAAGGAUGCAAGGGCAGAGGCUAAGAAUACUAGUUAGAAAGGGUGGGUUGAGAUGGCUGUAGCGGAGGAAGUAGCAUUCUUUUAAAUGGGGACACGCACGAAAUGAUGGGAUUUGAUCUACGCUCUUAG